AUGCCCGACUACCAUCGAUACCACUCCCCCGUCCAGGGUGAGGUGAAGACGUACCAGAGCUUGCCGGGAGACUGCUACCAGGUCGACCCUGUAGCACUGCAGAGCAAGGUGGAUAAUCUGACGCGCAACCGAAGGGAUCACGUCGUCACCGAAACAAGAGAGUUUGGAAAUGUCCUGUUUACGGCCGUUGGUGCGACGGACGUGGGAACUUGGAAGCGUGCACCGCUGCUGACUGUUUUUAGCAUUCACAAAAAGUACCACAGCGCCGGGACAAAGAUCAACAAGAGAUACGAGUUGGGCAUCUUUCAGUUUGGCGGUUCGUCUAUUAUUGUCGCCUUUCAACAUAGGCGCAUCGAGUUUGACGACGAUCUCUUGCGCUCGAGUGAGCAGAAGAUUCAGACUUCCGUCGAGGUUGGAAUGAGUCUGGGAUAUGCUACGCGGCACUUGCAAGACCAAUUCUCUCCUUCAAUGUUUUUGAUGACGGUUCCUGGGUAA